AUGGCAGCGAGAUUUAAAAUCCCAACAAGUCUGAAAAGAAAGGCAAAAAAGGAACCAGAGUUGCCAAAGUUUGAGUGGAAUCUUUCGAAAAAGAAAAGAAGUUGGGUUCUGUACGUUUGGGUCCGUAUACCUAGGAAAAUACAAAGGAAAACCAGAAAAUGUGGUUACCAAAAGAAUAAUGUCGAGUCCAUUGACUCGACAUCCCGUUUCGUGAAAGAAGCCGCACUGUUGAACAGCGAAAAAGGCCACAGGAACAUAAUCCGGUUGCUUGAAUUUUGUAAAGAACCACUCAGUCAUGAUGCAUGGAACUAUUCUUGCUUCGAUCUUUGCCCGUUUGGAGUUGCAAAAAGCCUUUGCACUCUAGAAGAUUUUGUCCAUUUCGUAGACGACGAGUUUGACUUUGACUUUGCUUCCUUCGCAGACUUGCUGCCAACAUGUUCCAAAGAUGUUGUCGAAGGUUUGAAAUAUUUGCACAGCAAGAAUAUCGUUAUAAUUUAA